AUGGUUGAUGGCGACCAGGAGGUGCUGCGGGAUGGCUGCUGCACAUCUACCAGCUGCAAUGCCUGUGCUCCCGCAGGAUUGGCAGUGGCAGGCAGCACCACCACACAUGCCGCCCACGCACCCUGCAUGCAGCCUCUGACGAUGCUUGGAGUAUGCUGGGAUUGCACUUUCUGGGUGACUGCUGCGGCCCAUCUGCAUUGA